AUGCUAUAUGCAAGACUGUCUACCCCAUCUGGCAGGACAGAAAAACCUUUGUGGGAGAAACAAAGUUUCCCUCUUCUUCCAAGUAUCCCCAAACUUGAAGGUUUACUUCAAAAAGGGGCAGAGGCCCUAUUUUCCCAUUCAUCAGGAUGGCUCCUACCUGUUCAUAGGAGUGUAUCUCAGAGAUCAAUUUUCAUAAACGUCACCAUUUUAUUUUUGAGGCUUCAAGGAACUUGGGAGAUAACUAACUCCCCACCUCCUGGGACGAACAAAACUAUAUUGGAAAAAUCCCUAUUUUUUGCCCAAAAAACCCACCUUCAUGAGCGAACAAUAAAUUUGUUAGAUAUACAAAUUUGUUAUAAAAAAAAUCAUAUAUGAAUAAUUAUUAGUAUAAUGAAAUAA